AUGGCCCCUUUCAUCCGCAGACGUAUUCUGCUCAUCACCAACGUCGAGUGUGGCGAGCUCGAUCUCUUCCUCGCCACUGCCCAGUCUCUCCUCGAGACUGAUCCUGGCUUGGAUCUCCAUCUCGCCACCUUCUCUGGCCUUGACGAUGAUGCCCUCCCUGUUGGCGUCAUCUAUCAUCAAAUCAACGGCAUCUCCAUGUAUCAAGCCAUCGAGGAACUCCUCAACCGUACCCAAGAUGAGGGAAGCAUCUCUGAGCCCUUCGCUGGACCACCUGGAUUUAGAAAAACCAGGCGCGCCAUCCGUGCCUAUGCAUCUCAGAUCAUGCCCUACACCGGACGCCAGAUGGUAGACGUCUUCACUUCCAUCGUGGACAUCAUCAGGAACUUGAAUCCUGACUUGGUCGUCGUCGACAGCCUCAUGUCGGCGGGCUUGACUGCCUGCUACCAUUUGGAGGUCAAGUUUGUGUGCCUUGGGCCCAACUCGAUCAAGGAUUUUGCGGCCUCUGAGCAGCCUCGCAAGGCUGGCCUCUGGAAGUUUCCUGCGCUCUUCUCCCAGUUUGAGUAUCCUGUUCCAUGGAGCAAGGUUCCUCUCAACUUUCAUUUCUCCCUCUACACUGCCAAGGCCAUUAAGAAUGACCCGCAGCGAAAGGAGGUGCAGUCGUACCUGACUGCCCAUACCAUUCUUCGAGGUCCCCUCGAUCUUCUCAAGAAUCGUCCCGAGGGCCUCAAGAUCUUGGUCGGUUCCCUUCCAGAGCUGGACUUUCCUCUCGUGGUCCCCUCCCACGUCAUCCCUUGCGGCCCGAUCAUUCGUCGCUGCCAGCCCCUUGAGGAGACGGACGCCAAGCUUGCAGAGUGGCUUGCCCAUGGACGAACCAUCUACGUCAACAUGGGAGCCGUCGUCAAGGUGCCCGUGGACCAGGCUAUUGAGAUUGCCAAGGCCUUGAAGAUGGUCAUCGACACUUUUAACCGCCAGGCUGAAAAGGGCCGUCUGCAGGUCCUCUGGAAGCUGAAGAAGAAGGGUCGUUACUCCGUCUAUGAACCGACCUGCAGCAUUGCCAAAAUCCUUCGUCAGGAAUUUGCUCAUGAUCGCGUCCGCAUUGUGGAUUGGGUUCAGCCUGAACCUGUUUCUAUCCUUCGCACCGGUAACGUCGUCUGCUCGGUCCAUCACGGCGGAGCCAACUCGUUCAACGAGGCCAUUGUGAGCGGCGUCCCGCAGCUUGUCCUUCCUGUCUGGGGACUUUGCUACGACUAUGCCCAACGCGUGGAACGUCUCGGUGUCGGCCGCUGCGGCAAUCCCACCUCUAAGCCUCGAUGGACUGCAGAGGAGCUCUCUCGUGAGCUUCUCAACGUCUUGGUUGGCGAUGAGGCCAAGGCUAUCAAGGCAAAUGCCUUGGCUGUGAAGAAGAUUUGCAAACAGAACGGCAGCGGUGCUGAUUGUGCUGCUAUGGCCAUUCUGAAUGAGUGCGAGAUGUAA